AUGCCCACUCCAACGCAUCCUCUUGAACGCACCCGCGUGAGAGCAGAGGAGAAACUUGCUAGGCGCUCAUCCCCUGCUUCGUCUUCAGCGACCCCCUCAAAGACACCCCGCAGUCUGAACAAAGGGUUCUCUUCCCAGAAGAGCAAGCUACUCCUGCCGACACCUACAGUAUCACCCACCACUACAUCUCCAACUUCCCCCCGCAAACCCUCAGAAACGCAGCUCAUGGCCCCCCGCCCUCCACCCGUCCGAGGCCCAAGGCCUGCCGCAAGCACGAACAGCUCGCCGAACACCAACCGGCUGAGCAGCUCAAGCACCGCCAGUGAAUCCAGUACAGGCUCAGGAGGGACAGUGAUGUACGGUCCUCGUCCUCGGCGGCAACUCGUUACUCCGCGAAAGCCUACACUUCCCACGUCACCCGCCCCUCACGUGCUGGUAUACACCUCUCUCGUUCAGUCCCACCACCCCCAGCUCCACCCCCCAUCCAUCACCCCCAGCCCAUCCAGCGCCGCACCUAGCACCACUUUCCUCCCUUCCGUCAACACCCCCCAACGGCCCUCGGCCCCCCGCAGGCCGAGCCUACACCCCGUCCAAACCCCACGAGCCACAAGGCUGCAACAUCAGUCUCCUACUACUUCCCCCAUAUUCCGCAGGCCUUCUCUCAAGCUGAGCACGCACGGACUUCCGCCCACGACGACCUCCAGCCCUCUUCGACCCAGGAAACGCGGUUCUCAGAAGAUUUUCAGCCCUGCGGCCAAAAGAGAGAAAAGGGACAAUGGCCAGGGAGUGCCGCUCUACGGUAGCUCGCUGCAGAGCCUGAGAAGGAGGCAGGCGCUACAGAGCCAGCCUCCGGUGCUUGGGCACCCUGAGUUUGAGCCAAUGGAGAAGCAGAAAAGGGAGAGGGACACGAUGUUCCUCUUCCCUCAAGCGCCGUUAACCCCUCCCAAGACGCCUCCCCUCAACCCAGUGUCGAUGCAGGAUGCGCAGCAGUACAUCCCCUCCCUCGGGCGUCCCCAGCCACAAGCGCGGAAUGAUACCCUUCCCCCCACAAGCAGCACCCCUCCCGAACGCCCACUUAUCACAGAGCGCAUCAGCGUCAUCAACCGGCCUGCACCACUUGCACUCCCUCCCGUCCAUCCUUCCUCCCCCAUAUCAGAACCAGAACCAGAACCAGAAGAAGAAGGGAACACUUUCCUCGUCGAGCCAGGCAAACUGCGCCAUCAACUAGCUGAAGAACUCCCCAUUCGCGUCCCCCCCAGCAGAGCCUCUGUACACCGCCGCCCCGCGCUCCGCCACGUCUCCACUUCCAGCGCCGUGACGGCCUACAGCGCAAGCUCGUACGGCGACACCCCUUCUCUAGAAGCCGAGCAAGACAUGGUCUUUGCGGGCGAGUACACGAGCUCUAUCGUAACUCCUUGCUCCCUCCGACCGGCGGAGAGCGUCACAGCUCUGUGGCAAGAAGUAGAAGUGAUGCUGCAUGGGCCUUCUCCCCUCUCUGAGCUGGCCGAGCCGGGCAAACAUGGAGAAUACCAGCCACACACUGCUUCUUCCACCACCCGGUCCAAUAGCGCCACUUCCGCUAUCUCGCUUGCCUCGGUGUCCGUACCUGCGGGAGUACAUGAUGGGGCAAUCGCCUACAUUCCUGUUUUUGGCCCUGCGCUUGCGGCCGCGCUCGCUAGGCCUGUGCAGGGGAUGCCUAAGACACCCAGUACGGCUAGUACGUUGCAUGAGGAUGUGAGGGACGUGGUGUUUGGCCUGAAGUGGGCGGAAGAGGAGACGUGGGAGGACGACGAGAUCCCGGAUGAGGAUGCUGAUUGGGAAGAAGAAGAGGAGUUGACAUUGGAAGGGCCAACGCCGUGGCAGGAGCGGGUCAGCAGGAGGGUAUUUAACCGACCAAGUCUGAGGAGGAGUGUCAGGAGUAUGAAGAGACAGAUUACGGGAAGCAGUCGAUGA